AUGGAGCAACCUCAGGAUCAUACAAACUCCGACGCAGAAUUCGCAUUUUCUAGUACAGAAUCGGAGGCUUCUGAUGAAGCUGCCAAAGAGGAGGCCAUCUUGGCAACACUCCGACGCACAUACGCUGACUACAAGAAAGCUUACCCCCAAGGUGACUUGUGCCAACGUUGUGCUUGCAUAAACUGGGCGAAUCUUCUCUCUAAUCAAGACCUUCACGAUCGCGAUGUUUGGAAUGAGUUGUUUUUGUUCUGCGUGCCAGAGACAAGUCAGGAGCCCUCUGCGUCAUCCUGUCCGUUGUGUCGACUAAUGAGCCCCGAUCGAAUGUUUGGAAAGGAUCCCGAUCGAACCCUUUUCGUGUACAACGCCUGCCGCCUCGUGAGAUAUCCCAGGGGUCCUGAUAAGCACGGUUGGGAGCAGUAUGCCCCAUGUCUCGAACUACGGGAUAGCUAUGCUCCUCAAGAAGGUUCCCGGUGUGCUGAUCGGAAAUACAUUCUACAAGACGCCUGUACUGGUACCCAAUGUUACCUGCUUCGCAAACUUGACUCUGCAUUUAUCGACUACGAGAUUCUUCGACAGUGGCUUAGGUACUGCAAGCGCCAACACACAGGUUGUAACCAUAUCUACGAUUCUUUUAUCUCUGGCCUCAAAGUCAUUGACUGCACCACUGGAAACGUCAUCAAUGCACCUCAGAAUACUGCUUUCCAUUGCGUAGCCUUGUCUUACGUCUGGGGUGGUACAAAAAGCUCUGGAAAAGACCAAGACAAAUUUCCUGCGACGAUAUGCGACGCCAUCACCGUCACAGUACAGCUAGGAUACAGAUACCUAUGGGUCGAUCAGUACUGUAUUAACCAGCUUGCUGCGGGACACAAACAAGCUCAGAUACAACUCAUGGGCCGCAUUUACGCCGAGGCAGAGCUAGUCAUCAUCGCUGCAGCCGGCAGCUCGUCCGACUAUGGACUGCCUGGUGUCAGUACCAAAGCCCGAGUAGCACAGAGAAGAACCCUACUAGACGAUGAUGUUGAGAUGAUCGCAAUGAACGAGCCGGAUCGUGAACUACGCAUGAGUACAUGGGCGCAAAGAGGCUGGACUCACCAGGAAGGCUAUCUUGCGACACGAAGACUCGUCUUCACAGACAACGAAGUUUUAUAUGUAUGCAACCAAGGAGUAUGGCAAGAAUCUGUGCAGCGACCUGCCAUGGAAAACGACGGCCAUUAUUUGUUUAUGACGAACGAAUGUUUUCCUAGAACAGCUCUCUCUCUGGCAAAUAAUUACACAGUGAUCUUUGGUUUUCUCCUCAACUACUCCCAGAAAACGUUGUCCUACGAUAGCGACAUUCUCAACGCCUGCAUGGGGGUACUGAAUAAACUCGUGGGCCACCGCCACUUCUGGGGUAUGGUAGUCCCGCAACUGAAUUCUGGACGAUAUAUUCCGCUUUGUCUGGAAUGGCGCAGCCAGAUUCCAGGCCAAAGAAGAGAAGGUUUUCCCUCUUGGCCCUGGGCGGCGACCACCGGUCCGAAAAUGUUCCACUGGUGCGGACAAAAAGAUCACCGUGAAGGCUACGUUGCGCACAUACGCACAAUUGAUGGACGUUGGUUGCCCCCAGAAGAACAGACUGAGAGUCAAUGUGAUCCUCUACCCAUGAAUCUUGGCCCUACUCUACGUCUUGAUGCUACGCUCUACACAGCUUUCUUGAGCAUGGAUACAAAGUACAGAAAGCCCGAGAAAUACGAAAAAGAACGAAACAAAACACCAAAGGUCAUUUUCCAGUCCACUGACGGGAAUAGCGGUGAAAUCGAAAUCGUUUUCAAUUUGGAGCUUGACGCCAAGGUCACAGAAUCGGACUUGAAGAAUGGUAUCAGGGCAAUACUAGUCUCGGGCAAGGAAUUGCAUAUACUUGAUCCCACUUUCAUGAUCCUUCAAGCUGUAGGAGAUCAUUACAAGAGAAUCGGCAUCACAUCCACUGCGAUUUGCCGGAUCCUAGAAAAGAGAACAGGGACAAUGAGGGAGAGAUCUAUCACUGAAAUGUUGUCAUACGAAGCUUGCAGAGGUAGUGAGGAGACCAUCCAUAUUGAGUGA